AUGAAGUCACAACCGGUAGACCCCAAUGGUAACAACGACUCUGGUUACGCGCCGUCCAACUUGGAAGAUACGAUACGAGAACACGUUUCUCCACCUGGAUCACCGGGGCUAAGAGAUGCCACAGUAAUGAAAAAUAUGGCGUGUGACAGUUCUAAGUGGAAAAAGAACGGGAAAGCAACUAAAGUCGUUACAGACUCGAGAAGCGUCUCCAUGGCACUACAUACUUCAAUACAUUCUGAAGACGACCACGAAGCUAGCCAAUACGAUAUCAGAGAUGGAUCUACAUCUAAAAAAGAAAGAAAAGCUAGUGCAGCGACCGCUCGUUUCACCAUAUACAAAGCUAAUAAAGCCAGUAAGAAGAAAAGAGAAAAGUCUUCAGCGAAGAAAGAAAGGAAAGCCACAAAGACGUUAGCUAUUGUAUUAGGUGUAUUUUUAUUCUGCUGGGCGCCAUUUUUCACAUGCUCCGUCCUUGGCGCUAUCUGCGACAAGUUCCAGUUGUCAUUCUCCCCUGGAGUCACCGCGUUCAUCCUCACCACCUGGCUGGGUUAUAUCAACUCCUUUCUCAACCCAGUCAUCUAUACUAUAUUCAAUCCAGAGUUCAGGAAGGCCUUCCGUAAGAUACUCAAAUGUGGUCCCUAG